AUGGCUCAACUGACGCCGAAACGUCAGGACCAUGCAGUCGCAUUCGCGGCGGCGACGCUGUUCUGCGAGCUGCUCACCCAGCGGCUGCUCACCCGCCAGACGGAGAUCAUGUCCGAGGCCCUGGCCUGGGUCCUUCUGCCACUCCUGGUGAGAGCAGGCCGGAGACGAGACCAGGCCGAGAUUGCGGCCCCGGUCGCAGCAAGUACAGCGACAACCCCGGGCAGCAAAGUCGGCCUCGUGCUGUUCGCCGCAGGCAUCGCCAUCAGCUCGUUUUGUAAAGCAGAAAACGGCACCUCCCGCUUCUAUCCUGCAUUGGUUCCCAUUCUACUGGCGGCGCAGCGAUAUAUGCAAUUAGAUGUCGCCGAUACUAUGCGAGGCAAUUUAGGCUCUGCAAUGCCCAUCUUCACCUCUCUUGGCGCCGCUUGCGUUGUUGCUGCUGUUGCCAUUCUGGACCUCUUUAUAUGGAAUCUAGAAAAGGUCAUAUAUGCAAGCGUGGCGCUGGUAUCGGUGUCCGUCGUAUACAUGACGCUCCUGCCUCAACAACGGCGGAAAGCAGUCAUUGUUGCGCCCGUAAGGAUGGAAGACAACAUCGAGCAGCUGUCGAAAUACGUUGCUCUCAGCGUCGGGCUCGUGUUUAUCAUCCAGACUCUAGUGUUUGGCCUCACCACGAGCUCAUUUCCGCGGAUCCUCGCUACCGCGGUAUUCAAGUGCUUGGCUUGGUUUUUCGCCAUACAACUAACUCGGGAUGCGCCAUGGACAGUUCUUCCAUCGAUGGGGGUAUUCAGCCUUAUGGCGGGACAAAGUCCUUUCUUUCAGUCGUCUUCCUUUCGGCCCUUGCUACACAUUUCAUUGUCUGGCCUCUCACUCGGCCAGGCAAUAUACAAACUUCCCAGCCGCGCAAAGUCACGGUCAUCUCUCUGGGUCUUCAUGCUGGUGACGCUGAUUCCCUACGCUGCAAACAUGUUCGCCAUUCGACGCGCCGAGAGCGCUGUGCAGCACACAUUCGGUGGAAACCGCGAACAUCCAGUGGAUACUCUGAUGCGUGGCGCGAAUGCGCAAUUCAGUGGCCUGCUGCAUCGGCAGUCGAAAUCUCUCGCGGAUGCGCAGACUGAGUACCGCCAUCGGUACAAAAUCGAUCCUCCUCCCGGAUUUGAGGCCUGGUAUAAAUUCGCUGUUGCGAAUAAGUCGCCGAUUAUUGACGAGUUCGAUAUCAUUCACAAGCAGGUCGCACCAUUUCUCAAGUUGAGUGGCGUAGAGCUUCAGAGAAUCAUGGACGCCACGUUCUACGCAGAUGGAAGCGAGAUUUGGUCAUGCCAAUACAACCGCAAUGAGAUGAAUGCUCGAUGCAAUCAUCCUCACCGUUCCUACGACCGACAUAUCUCCUAUUUGUUUGAAACAGUGGGCAAAUUUCCUGGCGCCGAGCUCCCCGACGUCAAAUUUCUAGUCAAUCAUCUUGAUGAACCAACCGUCGUCCUUCCAAGCGAGAAGACGAGAGAAAACUCUCACGCAAAGGAUGAGAGGGAAUCAUACGCAUUACCAUUCAUCAAGGAUGCGGCUUCAGCCAUGGAUAUCUGCCGGCACCCAGAGUACGAGCACUUGCAUGGCCUUUUCCUCAACCCGGUUUCUUUCAGACUUACCGAAGCAAUGGUGCCCAUACUUUCCACAGGAGCACCUUCUACUAUGGGUGACAUUUUGAUGCCCAGCCCGGCUUAUAUGGAAGCAGAGUUUGUCUACGACUCAGCCCUGGAGCCAGACUUUUACAAGAAAAUCAACAACUUAUACUGGGCGGGCUCAACUUCAGGUGCUUUUGCCAAUGAUGGCGGGUGGCGGUCCUACCACAGACAGCGCUUCGUCCAGUUUGCGCAAAAUCUCGGUAGAGAACAAUAUUAUUAUCUGGAAGAAAAGGACGAUACAGUAGAGCGUGUGCCGUCGUCUUUUUUGAACGGCAGGCUUUAUGAUGUGGCCUUUACACGCAUAUUCCAGUGCAUUACCCGACAGUGCCGGGAGCAACGAGCAUUCUUUCCACCAGGCGCAUGGGCCGACAAGGACGCCGCAUUGAAAUCUCGGCUUGUAUUUGACCUCGAUGGAAACGGCAUCAGCGGCCGCUACUACAAACUCCUGGCGUCCAAAUCUUUGCCGUUGAAGCAGACUCUGUUCCGUGAGUGGCACGACGAACGCCUCAUUCCCUGGGUGCACUAUGUGCCCGUGAGCCAGAGCCUAGAGGAGCUUCCGGAGCUCGUCAUGUAUCUUACGACGACGGCGUCGGGGCAGAAGAAGGCUAAGGAAAUGGCGGACAAGGGUCGCGAAUGGUAUGGGAAAGCCAUGCGGAAAGAGGACAUGGCAAUUUAUGUGUAUAGACUCAUGCUGGAACUUGCACGACUGCAGGAUCCAAAUCGGCAGCCACAAGCAUAG